GUGGAAAGAUCAAUCCUUUCAAUGGGAAGCUAUUCUCAGACAAAUAUUUUGACAUUCUCAAGAAGAGAAUCGAGCUACCAGUAUGGGAGUACAAAGAAAAAUUCAUGGAAACCAUGAAGGAAAAACAAGCUUGUGUUCUUGUUGGCGAGACUGGAUCUGGUAAAACAACCCAGAUUCCACAGUGGUGUCUUGAAACUCGCAUUGACAAACGCAAGUGUGUGGCUUGUACGCAGCCCAGGAGGGUUGCUGCCAUGAGUGAUGUUGUAGAGGUGGAUGUCACUCAUUUGGUUUUCACAGUCACUUGCUGCAUCUGUAAUCCAAGCAGUCUUCGUGGAAAGAUCAAUCCUUCCCAUGGGAAGCUAUUCUCAGACAAAUAUUUUGACAUUCUUAAGAAGAGAAUCGAGCUACCAGUAUGGGAAUACAGAGAAAAAUUCAAGGAAACCAUGAAGGAAGAACAAGCUUUUGUUCUUGUUGGAGAGACUGGAUCUGGUAAAACAACCCAGUUGAGCUACUGUUUGAAGCUAAUUGAUGGAAGUGAACUAAUUAGCAUCAAGCCUAGGUACAUGACAGAUGGUAUGUUGUUGCGUGAGGCUAUGACUGAUCCUCUACUGGAUCAUUAUGCAGUCAUUCUUCUUGAUGAGGCUCAUGAGAGAACUCUUGCCACUGAUAUUCUCAUGGGUCUACUGAAAGAGGUUGUGCGACAGAGACAUGACCUGAAGAUCAUAAUCAUGAGUGCCACCUUGGAUGCUGGGAAAUUUCAGGAAUAUUUUGAUGAAUGUCCACUCAUGACAAUCCCUGGACGAACACAUCCUGUAGAGAUCUUUUACACUCCUGAACCUGAACGAGACUACUUGGAGGCACGUUUCCAUCACAUGUGUGAGGAAGUGGAGGGUGACAUUUUGUUGUUUCUUACUGGGCAAGAGGAAAUUGAAGAAGCAUGUAAGACACUGAAGAAGGAAAUUGAUAACCUGGGACCUGAAGUAGGCGAGCUCCGCUGCAUCCCUCUGUAUUCAACUCUUCCUCCACAACAGCAGCAGCGCAUCUUUGAUGCUGCUCCAGCAAAACGCCCUAAUGGUGCCAUUGGGCGCAAGUGUGUGGUGUCCACCAACAUUGCUGAAACAUCUCUUACCAUUGAUGGUGUGGUGUUUGUUAUAGAUCCUGGAUUUUCCAAGCAGAAGGUGUACAAUCCCCAUUUCCCUGUAGAGUCACUGUUAGUUUCUGCUAUAUCAAAAGCCAGUUCACAGCAGAGAGCUGGCUGUGCUGGUCGCACACGUCUUGGCAAGUGUUUCAGAUUGUAUGCAGAGAAAGCUUAUACUGAAACUGAAAUGCAAGACAAUACCUACCCUGAAAUCCUGAGGUCCAACCUUGGUACUGUGGUACUGGGCAUUGACGACUUGGUGCAUUUUGACUUCAUGGAUCAUCCUGUUCCUCAGGUGUUUAUGAGACCAAAUGAAGCUAAGAAGGCAGCUGAUGAAGCUAAGAUGAAGUUUGCUCACAGUGAUGGAGAUCACCUGACCUUACUCAAUGUUUACCAUGCAUACAAACAAAACCAUGAAGAUACACAGUGGGGUUAUGAUAAUUUUAUCCAACAUCGUUCUCUCAAAUCGGCUGAUAAUGUGAGACAGCAACUUACCAGGAUCAUGGACAGGUUCAACUUUGCACGACGUAGCACUGACUUCAACAGAUUCAUGUGUGUUUGAAAAUUACAUCAGCAAUUUGGACAGUGUAAAAUUAUGUUUGGCCACAAGCAGGUUCUCUUUUGAUGCUGCCAACUCGUGUACAAGUACUUUAAGUACAGAAUGUCCUACCAAAAUGAAGAGUGGUGAGAAUGGCAUUUUUUUCCCCAAACUAAUGCAGUGAUCUAAUUUGAAGUACUUCAGACACUGACCAUUAAAUCUGUAAAUCCUACCUACCCACCCACCCAUCCCUCCCAUGUUACUGUUCUGAUGAGUAGGUGGCUCAUUUGGAGAGGUCUGGACACUACCUGACUGUCAAAGACAACCAGGUUGUACAACUGCAUCCAUCAACUUGUUUGGAUCACAAGCCUGAGUGGGUGUUGUACAAUGAGUUUGUUUUGACCACCAAGAACUACAUUCGGACCUGUACAGACAUAAAGGCUGACUGGUUGGUGAAGAUUGCACCCCAGUACUAUGACAUGAGAAAUUUCCCAAUGUGUGAAGCCAAGCGAGUAUUGGAAAGGAUUAUAGAGAGGUUACAGAAGAACAGAUAAAACUGCAAAUGAACUGUCGACAACCUGUGAAAGGAAGAACUUAUCAAAAGAUCCUUUUUGCUAAGAAAAUCAUGCCAUCAUCUGGAUUUGGUGCUUUCUAACUAGAAAGUAAAAUUAGAUAUGCCAGUGCUUUUCCUCUGUUUGCUUCUUGAGAUCUUUUCUCAGAAGUUUUUUCAGCUAAUGACAUAAAAACAGUAACAUUCAAGCAAAGACUCAUAGGCCAUCCAAGCAUGUUAAACAGUUUGCACCUCCAAAUAAAAGCUGCUCCCUAGAUCCUUUAGUUGCUGAUUUGCAACUUGUUGCUGUACAUAGCUUUCAAUGUCUUUAUCCUGUUAACUUUGUAAAUCCAGGUACUGUGGUUUAAGUUCUCUCCUUCAGCUGUCUUAAAUAGUCUUGUAAAUCAGUAAGUGAUUUCAUCCACUAGUUAAGUUAUUCCCUUUACCUUUUUUUUCUGAUAGUUGUGGAGAUAAAACUUAAUGGUAAGAAGAGGUUGCAUGUUCAUUAUCUCUUGGCAUUCAAGGGUGAAGUAAUCAGCUUGCAUCAGUUCUACAAACUGGUUUGAUUUGCAGGUCAGGGAUCUUGAAUGGAACCUUUCCCACGCCUUGUUAUAUGAAACAUUUGAAAAAUUGCUUAAUAAAAUCCAAGGAACAAAG